UCCAUUCUCAGUGCGUUGUUACCCAACAGUACAUGUUUACAGCAUUGCAGCAUACACAAUUUUUCUCCCGAUACUCAUUAUUACUCACUUCUGGUCCAUUUUCACCACUGGAUAGUUCAACUCAAAACUCGUCUCUAUUUUUCCCAGCUCCAAAGCAGCGAAUUCCAUGAGCGCCUCCGGACAGGGCGCCCUUUCGGCCUCCGAGCCGCGGGGCUCGUCCCCCUCCGGGUUCACCGGCUCACCCUCGCCUUCGGCAGCAUCACAUUCCCAAGCCCGGCCUCUCCCCGCAUAUGAAACAACGCCGCUCCUUCCCAAACCAGACGAUGACACCGGCUCUGGAAACGAAGAACAAGGCGACACGGAGGAGACCACCCUCCUAGUGACAGCCCUCUCCCCCGCCCGGCUCUGGCUGACCCUGUCCGCCUCGUACAUAGGCGUCUUCCUGGGCGCAGUGGACGCCUCCAUCAUGGCCACCCUCUCGGCGCCCAUUGCGAGCGAGUUCCACUCGCUCUCGUUGCUGUCGUGGCUGGCGACGGCGUAUCUGAUCGCCAACGCGACCUUCCAGCCGCUGUCGGGCCGGUUGACCGACAUCUUUGGACGCGGGCCGGGUCUGGUGUUUUCCAACGUCAUGUUUGCCGUGGGAAAUCUGAUGUGCGGGCUGGCGCGAGACGGCACCGGGAUGAUUGCCGGCCGCGUGGUGGCUGGUGUGGGCGGGGGCGGGCUGAUGAGUAUCAGCACCUUUCUGGCGUCGGACUUGGUGCCGCUGAAGAAGAGGGGCGUUGUGCAGGGGGUGGGGAAUAUCGCGUACGGGUCAGGGGCCAUGUUGGGAGGCGUGCUCGGCGGGUUCAUGAACGACACCUCCUCGUGGGGCUGGCGGCUCGCUUUCCUCAUCCAAGUGCCCGUGAUCGUCGUGUCAGGGACGAUGGUGUGGUGUCUCGUCAAUGUCCCGCCCAAGAUCUCCAACAAGUCGCUGCUCGCCAGGAUCGACUUUGGCGGAUCCUUCUUGACCGUUGGCUUCCUCGUCCUGGUUCUUCUCGGCCUGAACGCCGGCGGUAACCUCGUGCCCUGGACCGACCCGCUGGUACUGACGACCCUGCCGUUGGGUUUUGCCAUGCUCUUUGUCUUGGUUUGGUGGGAAAGUCGUGCGAGACAGCCCAUCAUCCCUGUCCGCUUGCUCCUCGACCGGACCGUCCUCAACGCCUGUAUCACCAGUUUCUUGGGAACUAUGGUGGUGAUGAUGACCAUGUAUUAUAUACCGCUGUACCUCCAGGUGCUCGGCCAUUCUGCGACCCAGGCCGGGCUCCGCGUUCUGGCGUCGUCCUUCGGUGUCUCCAUCUCGUCGAUCGGAUGCGGCCUGAUCAUGAAGAGGACCGGCAAGUACGUCGGUCUGGGCAUUGCCAUGCUCUGCACCUACACAGUGGCCAUGUCCCUCGUCGUGACGCUCGACGAGCACGCACCGAACUGGGUCCCCUUUGUGGCCAUGGCGCUUGUUGGCGUGGGCUACGGCGGCAUGCUGACCGUGACACUACUUGCAUGCAUCGCUGCCGUGGACCACUCACACCAGGCCGUCAUCACUUCGGCGACAUACGCAUUCCGCUCGGUUGGUGCGACCCUGGGCAUCACCGUCGCCUCAGCCGUGUAUCAGAACAUCCUCAAGGCCAGGCUGUGGGAUCGGUUUGGGCAUCUGCCGGGUGCGGCAGACGAGAUCAGGCGAAUCCGCGAUGAUCUAGACGAGCUUGCGAGGCUGCCCGAAGGCUGGUAUGACGGUGUGAUCGAGUCGUUUAUGGAGGCCUUCAGGGGCGUGUGGAUCAUGGCUCUCCUCUUGACCGUCGCGGGCUUGAUUAGCGUCUCGUUGAUGAAGCAACACAAGCUGCAUUCGAAUCUGGCGCGGCAAGAGGAGUAAAAUGGAUUCCCAAGCUUCGAUCCAAAUGAUAAUUUGCCGUACACGCUCAAGGGACACACUGUGGGACGAAUAGCGCCGAUAUUCAUAUAUCCUAUCCCAUCAAACUCAGACCAGCACCAUGGUUACCUAGCC